AUGGAGUUUGUAAUUCAACAAUUAAGGUCAGUGAUAAUUCAUUCCAUUGAUACCUUCAAUUAUUCAAAUGCAGAAUUCGCUGGCGAAAGAUUAUUAGCACUUGAUAAUUCUUCUCAUUCAAUUUAUUUAUAUGCCAUAGUAUUAUUUCAUCAAGGUAAACAUAAAACCGUUUAUUCUAAAUUAUUAGAUAUAGUGGAUCAUUUAGGAUGUGCAUAUUUAUUUGCUAAAUCAUGUUUACAGUUGGGGAAGUAUAAGGAAGGGAUCUAUCAAAUAUUGAAGCAAGGAAAUCUAGAUGAUGAAACAUUUUUCAACAAACCAGAAAUGAGAUUUAGUUAUGAAAAUAAUCGAUCAAUGACUCCUGAUGCUUCAGCGGUGUAUCAUUUACUAGGAGAUUUAUUCAAUAAAGUUGGGGACGUUAAGAAUGCCAGUUUGAACUAUAGUUCCGCUUUAAAAUGUAACCAGUUUGAUUUUGAAGCAUUCACGAAAUUAUGUAAAUUAGGUGUUGAAGUCAAAGUAAAGAAUUUAUACAAACAAGAUGUGGUUGAUGAAUUCUUACCAACAUCCCCCAAUACCAUUUUACCACCUAACCAUUUAAAUACUCCGAUAAAUAUUCAUGUUAACACUCCCUUACCAUCACAUGUUGGAUCACCAUUUAAUGAAGAUAUUUCAACUCCACGAAUAAAAUCAACUACUGUACCUAUGGCACCUAAAAGAGAGUUUAUUAAACCCAAAACCAGUUAUUCUAAAGUAACGUCAAGAUUGAUAAAUCCCCCAAAGAAACCAGAAUUGAAAUUUACUACUAAUAAAGAUAUUGAAAACAGUAAUAAUUAUUUAAUUCAAUUGUAUAUAGUGUUUGCGAAAGCAUAUAAAUGUUUCAGCAAAUAUGAUUGUUACAAAGCUAUUAGAAUACUAGAAUCCUUACCUGAUAAUGAAAAAGAAACUCCUUGGGUGUUAUCCAAAUUAGGUAGAUUACAUUAUGAAAUUGUUAAUUAUAAACAAAGUGAAUAUUUUUAUAAUAAAUUAAGACUUAUUGAUAGAACUAGAUUGAAUGAUAUGGAAUAUUAUUCAACCUUAUUAUGGCAUUUACAUAAAAAAAUCGAAUUAACUUAUUUAUGUAAUGAAUUAUAUGAUUUAGAUAAUACAUCCCCCAUUACAUGGUGUGUUUUAGGGAAUUUAUUUUCAUUAAAUAGAGAACCUGAUGAAGCUAUUAAAUGUUUCAAUAAGUCUAUUAAGUUAGAUAAGAAUUUCACUUAUGCAUACACGUUGAAAGGACAUGAAUAUUUUAGUAAUGAUAAUUAUGAAAUGGCAUUAGAAAACUUUAGGACUAGUUUAAUUAUAGAUAAUCGUCAUUAUAAUGCAUUAUAUGGAAUUGGGAUGGUUUAUAUUAAUCUAGGAGAUUAUGAAAAGGCAGAUUAUCAUUUUAAGAAAGCCGUACUGAUUAAUCCAAUAAAUGUUAUAUUGAUUUGUUGUGUAGGGAUGGUAUUAGAAAAAUUAGGUAAGAAGAACCUUGCAUUAAGACAAUAUGAAUUAGCUAAUAAACUACAACCUUUAAAUCCAUUACCAAUAUUCAAAAAGGCUCAAUUGUUAUUUACUAUGCAACAAUUCCAACAAUCAUUACAAUUAUUCGAGAUUCUUAAAGAUUUAGCACCUGAUGAAGCAUCAGUUCAUUUCUUAUUAGGUCAAUUAUAUCAUCUUCAAGAUGAUAAAUUCCUGGCUAUUAGAGAAUUCACCAUUGCUCUUAACUUAGACCCAAAAGGGAAUUAUCUUAUCAGGGAAGCCAUGGAGGCUUUACAAGAGAAAUAA